GACCCCAGACUUCCUGCUGAGAAAAAUCGAAAAGCAGUGUCUCGAGUUUCCAUCCAGUGUCAUGAUUCUUUCUGCUUUGUAUGUACGUGUUACCAGCCGUAUUCCUAUCUGCAUUAUAGAGAAGCAUUUAGGCAGCCCAGGGACCAGGGAGAAUAAUUGAUUCCAGGCUGCGGUGGAUGUCUGCCAAAGGGUGGUGCCCCGAAACGAAAGUGAAAGUAAGAAGAGACCAGGCCUAGCACAAUGUUAUAAAAAGAAGAAAGAAAAUGAAAAAUACUCGUUGCCUGCUGUAUAUGCUCAUAUUGCUACUAGUUGUGAGUACACAAGAAACAACCUUGGGACCGACAGAGAAAGCAAAGACUGAUUUCACCAUCAAAGUAACCCAGGAGGUGGAACCUUCGUCGAAAAAAAUUGUAUUAUUGGAAACAAAGAAUAUAUCUGCUCUACUUGGAAAAGAGGCAACUCUAGUAGUCAAUACCAAUAAAGAAAGUGAAAUACAAGACAUUCAAUGGGUCAAAAAUGGGAUCAAUUUUGCUACCACCAAGCCAAAAAACGAUGUUCGCAUCCGAGAAAAUAGUUAUAAGGGAAAACUGAGGAGCACCAAUGAUGGAUCGCUAGUCUUACAGAGUUUAACAAAAGAAGACCAAGGAGAAUAUAAAGCUGAUAUACUUCUAUCAGACAUGAAGAACUAUCAAAUCAUUUACUACCUACACAUUUCUGAAGAAGGAGCUUCUCACAGGACACAUGGGGUGGUUGCAUCAGUGAUUGUUGUAUUGGUGCUGUUGGUGAUAUUGGCAGGAGUAGCAUUCAUGAUGUGGAGGAAGAAGAGGUGCUUUAAAUCAAAAAAGAAAGUUCAAGUAAGAAAAACAAGAAGCGACCCAGGUAUGUCUGAUGAGGAGAACAAACUUAAUCCGAAAGUCUCCAACCCAAGCCCUCAAGAAGAUACGUUGGAUCUGGAGAUAAAACUUCAUCAGAAAAGCUCCAGCCCAAGCACUACAGGUCCUUGUGAUAAAACAAAUGAUAAUGGAGAUGAUGAGGAAUUUCAUGAUGCUCUAGAAGUUCAAGUAUAGACUACAGGUGGUAACACAGCAUAGGUGGCUCUGACCACCCUAAUGGACAGUCACGGUCGGCUUGGCCAAGGAAGCAUUUUCAAUGGAAAGAGGGGAGAGAGCCCAUGUUUCUGUCAGUGGCUUUGGCUUGGCUGGUGUGUAUGGCCAACUUUUAGGACUCAUGCUGAUGAGAAAAUACAAGAUUGGUUCUGUACAGAUCCCUAAUACACAGCUCACAAUGUCCAUGAGUUGAUGAGAAAAGAUCACAACAUGAUCCACCGCAUGCCGCCUCAAGACUGGAUUCUCCUCUAGAAGCAUAACCACAUAUGAGACAAUCAAUCAUCACUGACAACCUGAUUGCUAUAUAUAAGGCUAUGGACAUCUUCAGAGGCUUUUUUUUUGUGAUUGCAGUUCACUCAUUUUGAGGUAAUAAUCUUUUUUUCAAUUGGUAUGUACUAAAUUAAAAGAGUCGGUUUGCAGGCUGUCACUUUUUGUUUUCUUUGAAUCUCGUCAUCUGAGGGUUCAUGUGUUGAUCUUAUCUCGGAUCUCCUGACCUCAUAAACACUUUCAUAAGAACUGAGCUAUAAUGAGUUUUUAUAAGGCUAAGAGAUCAUCGAUAAGAGGUACACAUGAACUGUCAGAUGACGAGAGUCAAAGAAAACAGAAAGCGACAACUUGAAAAUAGACAGAUUUUUAACUCUUUCAUUUUAGAAAUGGCAAACAAUUUUUCAUAAAGACAAAUUGAAAAAAUUAUCUUUAACUAAAAAUGAGUAAAAUCCAAAUCCUUAAAAAUGCCCCCGAAGGUGUCCAUAGUAUUCCAAUAUUGUUUACUGAUUUUUUAAAAAUAAAAAAUAAAGUUGUGUGGUUGUUCUCUUCAAAAGGUAGCACCACAUAAAUAUA